AUGGUUGGCAUCGCAGCACACGAACUGAGGCAGAAGGCCCCUAAGGACCUUCAGAAGCAGCUGGAGGACUUGAAGAAGGAACUUUCGCAGCUCCGCGUUGCGAAGGUCACCGGUGCAGUCGCAUCACGACUGGCAAAAAUAACCCGAGUGCGCAAAGGCAUCGCCCGCGUGCUGACAGUGUACAACCAGAAGAGGAGGGAGGAGGCAAAGAAGUUCUUCCAAGGAAACAAGCACAAGCCCAAGGACCUCAGAUUCAAGAAAACAAGGGCCAUAAGACGACGGCUGACGCUGGCUCAGCGCAGAAAGAUGACUGUGCGGAAGACAAAGAAAGUGCAGAACGUCCCGAGGAGGAAGUACGCACUGCUGGCUUAA